GACGGAGGGCCCCAGUGAUCGCUUGCGCGGGGUAACAUCCGUCGCCCCGCCCCCGUGUGCCUUCCGUGCCCCGCCCCUGUGCCCCGACUCGCCCCGCUCCACCUCGCCUUCCCCUCACCGCCCCGCCCCGCCCAGCAUCAUGAGGCAUCCUUGGUAGCAGUUACGGACGCCCGGUGCUGAAGGAGAAGGAGAGUAAGAAGAUCGUAGACACAACCACCACAGCUACCAUAUCACCCCCACUACCACCACAACUACCACCAUCACAACAGUCCUCAUCACAACAACCAUUCCCACCAACAAUAGUAACACCUGUAUAGAUCAUAGCAUCCUACACCUAUCAACAACCAAAAACAAAAGACAAUGCUCACUGCCACCACCUAAAGCCCAACCUUCCCAUCCCCUUAGCGACAACCAACCACCAUUAUCACCUCCAAUAACACCAACAACUGAUACACCACCAACACCAAGAACCGCUGCACACACCAUCACCACCACCACCACGGCGACCACCACCAAGAUCUUCAACGACCUGAGCUGUGAGGUCGGCGGGUCGGGGGAGGCGGUGCAGGUGCAACAUUACAAUGACCUGGCUCGAUGCAAGACCACCAACAUGGACUCUUGCAGCAGAAACCAGGACGCCAACCCGAAGGAGAAGAACAAGACGAGAGACGCCGCCUCCACUUCCACCGCUGCCGCCACCGCCUCCACCCGAGAAAAGACAAUCAACAAGAACAUCCCGCAUCGGUUCUCCUUCAGGAAUGGGCCCGGGGACAAGGGGGGGAAGAAGAGUGCCGGGCCGAUCAAGCGGGGUCUGAGUCUGAGUCUAAGACGCUCGGCCCUCUGGAGCACGCUUCACGCCAAGACGCUUGAGAUCCCUGAGCGGCUUCGUCGGGAGGAACGGAAGCUGGCCAGGGUCCCGCGGCUGCAGAUCUGGCUCAGCACGGACCAAGCCCCGCGAGAGCCUCCAUCAGGGGAGCAGCAGGUCCUCAACAACACCAGGGAGCCGCUGCCCAAGUGAGUGUUCCCUUCAGAGUCUCAAGUGUUGUCUUUAAAAGUUUGCCUCGUCCGAAGAUAUUAUGUGGCGUACUGAAGCGUUGUGUGUUUGCCAGUUGGUCUUGCGCGUAGAUAUUACCUCCUUAGCGGUUAUGUGAUAUACUGAAGCGUCCUGUGUUCUUAGGGGAUGUUUUAUGAUGUGGUAGUGAGGUGGCCACUUGCUACUUUCAUGAUCAGGUUCAGUG